GCUUUAUUUUGGAAUAAAUAAUAAGUUUUUUUUUUGGUUAUGUGGUUUUGUAUCCGGCCAUAAUCCGAUGGAUAUUUUGUGAAAUCUUGUUACAUUUUGUGUUUAAGGUGGUGUGAUCAUUUUUUCUUGUGAACACAUUCUUUUUACAAGUACCGGCUUGGAAUAAUAUCGUUCGGAUAGCAUCGUGCACUUGUUGUGGAUGUUUUAACAGUUAUACAACAUCAAUGAUGAUAAUGAACUAUAGUUCUAACUCUUUAUUGGAACUAUCACACAUAUCAUGAUAGAUACGGAUAGCUCUGAGUACCAUAAGUGGUACAAUGAUGUAGACACUGUUAGAAAGAUGGUUCUGGAUAAUGGUGGCACAUUAUGUCCAACAUGUUGCACUCCUUUUGACAAGGGAAAACACAGGAAACUCAUAGACACGUGUGGACAUGAACUCUGCUAUGCCUGCAUCAACUCAGACCACUGCCCACUCUGCCUUAAUCAUGCUCAAGCCCAGUAUCAGCAACACUUAUCCCAAGAUGUUGGUAUUCCUAGGCCUCGUCUAAAAACCAAUGGUCAUUUCACAACAUACAUGCAAGUAAGGGAUAAGGCAUCUCCUGAAAGACCUCUACCUGUAGGAGCCCUUCCACCUAAAGCAGCAAAGCCAUGUUUGCCCUCAAGGACACCAGCUGCCUGUAGUCCUCGUAUGUCUAGGCCAUCUCGAAAUUACAGGCAUAUGAAAUGGCCUAAUCCACUUAUGGAAGAUUCUCACACAGCUUUAUCUGAUGAUGAAGUUCAGUCCAACUCGAAGCACUUUAGAAAUCAUGACUUGUAUACACGCCUUGGUCUUUUGCUUGGAGACCGUACACCAUUGUCCAGUUCAAGGGUCAAUAUCAGCAGUUAUUGUCCUGAGUCCUAUCCUAGUAUCUCAUCCCUUGCCAGUAGUGAUGCAAACACCACCAAUACAAGUCCUCUGUCAACACUGACAGAUUCAUCAGAUCCUGAUCACAUGCCUCGUACUAACGGCUUGCGUUCUGCUAGUCGAGAUCAGAGCUCAGACAGUGUAGUAUCUCUCAUCAGCACAAGUACCGGUAACAGUUCAUGCAGUAGUCCUUUUGGUACCAAUUUUCAAAGGCAUACUCUUGCCAGAACUAGUGAUAGCUUUGUACAAAUUGCUAAACGUAAUUUGUCAAGAAGGCAGGCGUAUCAUAACAGUGAUGAAAGUGCUUUGAACUUUUCUGCUGCUUGUAGAAAGAAUGUUUCUAAAAUAAUAAAUAAAACAUUGAAACCCUUAUAUUUUGAAGUUCCUCAACCUGAGCAAGAUCCUUUAUUUAUUGGUCGACAGUGGCUUUUUAAAGAAAUUGAACAGGAAAUAUCUGAUCCGAAAAGUAGAAAAGCAAUUGCUAUUGUUGGUGGUCCUGGCAGUGGGAAAACGGCAAUAGUAUCUCAAUUGGUUGAACAUAGUUCCUUUAGGAUGAAAAAAGAAGAGGCUAUUUAUCAUGAUAUCCAGUCUUUGGAUGGCAGUGAUUACAACAUGUCCAAUUCAAGCAGCAGUGACUCUGGUCUUUACCAGUCAAUAUCAACCUUACAUCACAGCGGUGCACGUUCCUUGGGCAAUCGACUAGUUGCUUAUCAUCUUUGUCAGGCUGACAACAACAUCACAUGUAUGGUGCUUGAAUUCGUACAUAGCAUAGCUGCACAACUCUGCAAGGCACCUCAGUUAACUGCUUAUAGAGACCUUGUGGCUAGAGAUAUAAGGCUUCAAGAAAUUUUAAGCUUGUCUUCCUGCAUAAGUGACCCAAGUGCUGCAUUCAUUCAUGGCAUCAUCGAACCAUUGUCUAGUUUGAGAUCUCGAAAUAGGAUUCCCAAUGCAACGUGUCUAUUGAUUGUGGAUGGUCUGAAUGAAGCAGAAUACCAUAGACCUGAUUAUGGUGAUACCAUUGCCUCAUUUCUAACCCACCAUUUUGAGGUCAUUCCUUCAUGGCUAAAGGUUGUUGUCACUAUACGCACUAGUUUUAGUGAUCUCAUCAAACGAUUACCUACUCACUGCAUCUCACUGGAUAAAGUUCCGACCAAUGAAAAUAUCCAGAAAGAUCUAUGCAAUUAUGUGAUGCAUAGAAUUAACACCAGUCCUUUGAUUCGUGCCAAUAUCACCAUAAACAAUAGCAAAGUAGAAGGAAUAGCUAACUCAAAGUUUGCUGCUCACCUGUCCAAUCUCAGUAAAGGUUGUAUGCUGUAUAUACGUUUGACAUUAGAUCUGAUUGAAAGGGGUCACCUUGUGGUCAAGAGUAGCAGCUAUCGUGUCCUUCCUGUCUGCCUUAGUGAAGUCUACAUGUUAAGUUUUAAUCUGAAAUUUACUACAAUUAAAUCAUAUGAAAAGGUUAUUCCCAUUCUUCAAAUUUGUCUUGCCUCUCUUUAUCCUUUAACUCUUCAAGAGCUUUUUUAUACUUUAAAUGCUAAGUGCGUGAGUGAGGGUAUAUCUUGGGACUCUUUCAUGGGCUGCAUGGAUAUACUCAUAUCCAAUCAAUUCAUAGUGAAAAGACAGGACAGUACAAUCAUGUUUGUACAUCCAUCCAUGAGGGAAUGGCUACUCAGGAGGGAAGAGAACGAAAGCAACAAGUUCCUGUGUGAUGUCCGUGGGGGACAUGCGGCAAUUGCUUUUCGAAUCAGCCGUGCAAAGACAGCAAAAACAGCUGAUGACUGUUUAGAGCUAGGUCAUCAUGUGUUGAAAGCUCACAUCUACAAAAACUCUCCUCAAGACAUUCUGCAUACGUGCUUGCCGAGAGACCUUCAAGCGUACUGGCUACAGCUUUCCAGUAGUUGCAUACAGUCUGGCUUGGGAUCCAUUAGAAAUUUAUACAGCCCAAAUGUUAAAGUGAGUCGAUUGUUGUUGUUAGCUGGUGCUGAUCCUAACUAUAGAAUCCAGUUGCUUUACAACAUGCCAAUUGUUGCUGUUGCUGCAGAACAAGGAUUUUUGGAAAUGGUAUCCCAGUUGGUGGAAUUUGGGGCAAACGUAAAUGCUACUUCAAACAAAGGACUUGGUGCACUAGCUUUAGCUUCUGGUAAAGGAUUUAUUGAUAUUGUUAGGCUUCUCACUGCAAAUGGUGCAAAGAUUAAUCAAGUUGAUCAUGAUGGAAAAUGCCCUGUUAUUUAUGCAGCUACUAAAGGACACCUAGAUAUCAUUAUGCAUUUAUUUCAAAGUGAUUGGCCAUUGGAUGAUAAAACCGCACCAAGUUUUUCGGAGGCUGCUCAAUCAUGUCUAGUUACUUCAGCACUCAAUGGUCAUGCAAAUGUUUGUGAGUUUCUUUUGGACAUGCCGGAAGUAAAUAUCAGUGGCCUGGAUGCACUGACUGGCCACUCUGCACUGACUGCCGCAAGCUCUUCAGGUCAUUUGCAAGUGUGUAGUGUCCUAUUGAGGCGCGGGGCCUCAGUUUCCUCUACAAAUCAACAGAAGGACACUCCCCUGUUAUGUGCUGCUUCUGAGGGACACUGGGAAGUGGCCGAAAAACUCAUGAUGCAUGGAGCAUCCAUUGAAGAGACUGAUUCAUUGGGUAGAACUCCAUUAAUGAUGGCUGCCAUUGGUGGACACCCAGUUCUUGAGCUGUUGUUAUCUAAAGGCGCAGCUUCUGAAGUCACUGAUCGUGAUGGUAUGACUGCACUGAGUUGGGCUUGCCUUAAAGGUCACUAUCAAGCUGUUCAGUGUUUACUAAGACAUGGAUUUGCAGUGAACCUUGCUGAUAGAAGUGGCCGAACACCACUGGAUUUUGCUGCUUAUAACGGAGAUCCUGAAAUAGUUCAAUUAUUGUUGGAUUCAGGUGCAUCUAUGGAAAAUGUUGAUUCAACUGGAAUGAAACCACUUGACAGAGCAGUUGGUUGUAAAAAUGCUGCCGCGGUUGUCAGAUUCUUACAUAAAGGGGCAAAACUUGGCUCCAAAACAUGGACAAUGGCUGAAGGAAAUCCAGAAAUUCUUGCUUUGCUUUUCUCUAAGCUUCUUGAGGAUGCCACUGUCUUGUGCAAAAGGGGACGUUUGAAAGAUGCCACCCACAGGUAUCAGUACGCCCUGAAGAAGUUCCAGAUGGAAAGUGAGGUAGAAAGAGAUCCUAGAUUUGUCAAAAUAAAGUAUCAACUUCUUUUAGGCUUGUCACGUUGUAGGAGAAAAAUGGACGAACCUAAACUUGCUGUUGAAGCAGCUGAACAAGCCAUUUCUUUGAAACCCCAAUCAUUUGAAGGAUACUAUGCAAGAGGAAGAGCACAUGAAGCACUUGGAUUCAAUGAAAAUGCCUUAUCGGAUAUCCUGGAAGCGUUGAGGUAUGCACCACAAAACCAGGAAAUGAAGCGUGCCCUGAUGAGGUUAAAAGAACAAAUCUCAAAUUCAUCAUCUGCACCCCAAAAUAAUUACAAUGAUGACAGCACUCUUGGAUUCAGUGGCCCAGACACUUCCCAGCUAGAUGAUCUUGGCUCCACAGAAACUAUUGACAGGCUGUGCAACUUGACUUUAAAUCUCGUCGAAGAUUUAAACCAACUUAAAGAUAGAAUGCAAGACAGUGGAUGUGAAAGUAUUCAUUGAUUUUUUUAGAAUGAACUUGACAUUUAUUGCAUUUAACUUCACACAGUAACUCCUGGUGCUUGCAAAGUUUAUUUUCAAUCAAAAACUCAUCUUUUGUUCUUAUUUGUAAAAAUACAUGUACAUAUUUACAGUUGUACAAGGGUUGGCUACAUUUCUUCAUGCAAAUACUUUUAAUGUGGUGAUCUAUAAAUGUAAAAUUUUCUUGAAAUCCUUUUUCGAGAAGUAUGUAAUAAGUUAUAUUUAUACAUUCAAUAAGUCUUUAAUUUGUAUUGCACAUGUUUUAUGUACAAUGCACUAAAUAAAAAUAUUUAUAGUACCCUAAUAACUUAUGAUUCAGUGAUCGGAUUAUCACAUAGUAAUGUUGCUCAGUCUUUAUGGUUCAAAGGUCAUGACUAAAACAUGCUAAAUAGUUUGUGCAAAUGAUAAUUUAACUUAUUAAAUUAGACUUUUUCUGGAUAAACGUACUUUUUCUCCCAAGGAUUUCGAUAUUUUUUACCCUUAAAAUAAGGAGUGGUUGAAAUAUAGCAAAAUUAUUGUACCAAUAGUUAAGGCGGUAUACUGUCGUGCAAUUGAAAAAUCCACGUAAGGGACAAAAAAUUCAAAAUUGAGAUUUUUAUAUAUUUGGCAUUAUUGUAAAAUUAGCUACAUACUGCAAAUUUUUUUUUUCAAAAAUAAAUUUUGCUUUAGUAGUUUUUUGAAUUUCUAUUUUAGCGUUCAUAGCAUUAGCAAUGGAAGAGAAAUAGUUGUUAAGCCAUUUUUCUCAGAGUGAGUCGUGAAGAACUUGUGUUGCUUUUUCAAUUGCACGGCAGUAUUUUGAUCAUAACUUUAGACCCCUUAGUGCUAAUUAAACAUUUCGUGAAUUUCGUCAUAUUUUUACAUUUUAAUUUUCAAAGAAUUAGUCCUUCAAUUCCCUUCAUUACAUUUUAGAAUUACAUGGAUAGAGUUGGCGUAAAAAUGCGCAUACCUUACAAUUUAAAAUAUUUUUGACAAUUUUUAAAUUUAAUAAUAAAAUAUAAUUAAUUAUAAAAUAAUAUUUUUUAUAAAAUUAUCUUAGCAUGAAUAAGGUAUUGUAGUAAAAUUUUUUUGAGUUCUCUCUAGUUGAGUUAUUUUUGAAGAUUUUUUUGUGUAUCAUCUCUAUGGCUAAAAAUACAAUGUUUAGCAUUCCCGCAAUAGCCUGUUAAAGACCAAAAGGGUCAAGCAAGCUAAGGCUCCACAAUUUCGCGACCAGCGCCAUGAUUGUAGCAACAUGGUCAAUAAUAUACGCAGGCCACCUUUAUUCAACUGACAAUCUGGUUCUUACUAAUCUGAAGUUGUGUGGGCUUCAAGCCACUAUUGAGGAUUGGAUUCCAGUACUUUGCAAUGACAGCUCAGUGUCUUAACCACUGAGUCAUUGUGGCUCAAAAUUAACAUCAUGAGCUUAAACUUUCGAGUGCUCACCUACCUCAAGUAUUGGAACCAUCUUUUCCAGGUUACCAUUACCUCCCAUAUUUUAAGGGUCAAGAAUUAGAAUCGGGGAAAAAGAUAUACUUUUAUUUGUCGAAAGUACAUUUUUGUGUCUCAUUUUGUAAUUUUCAAGUGUCAUCUGCACAAACUAAUUAAUAAUAAGGUUAGGCUCUCGAACCACCAUUAAGACCGAGACAUAAAAAUCCUAUUUUUAGAUCAAAAAUUAAGUUGUUUGUUUUAUUUAUUGCUUACGGUACAUAUAUUUAACUCAGGUUUUUUAAAACUUAUCAUUUCUUACCAUAUCUAUUUAUGAAUCCUUAUAUGGUAAUGCAGUAAAUAAAAUCUAAGAUUAUAAAUAACCUAUGUUACAAUAUGAAAUUAAAUUUUUAUUUUGUUAAAUUUUUACACCAAAAAUUUCAAUUACUUUAAUCCAGUAUGAAUAUCAUUGGAUGAAAGGUAGUAAAAACAUGAUUAUAAAAAUAUUGUUUGGUAUAAAUAAUCAUCAAAAAAUGUUAUGCAAUAUGGUUAAUUCAAAAUAUUUAUUCUAUUCAGAUAUAUACUUCUUUGAUUGUAUAGGAAAUUUUUUCUAAAAUGUUUAAAGAAACGGCUUCAGUCAUUUGGCCAUCCAAAUGACUGAACAUACAGUAUACUCUCGAUAUCUCAAAGUUGAAGGGAUACUUAAAAAAAUUUCAAGAUAGCGAGUUUUGGAGAUAACAACUUCAGAACUAAAUAUGUUUUAAAAAGUAGAGUCAUAAAACAUAAGAAUAACUAUUAUUAAAUAUGUAAGUAAUGAUAGAUGUCUAAAUACAACAAUGAUAGUUUCAUUUUUAAAAGUAAGAUAAAAAGAAUUAUGCAUGAAGUAGAAAAGAAAUGGUUUACAAUAAACUUACUUUGUGAAAUUUUCGAAAAAACUCAUUUUCCAUUUCGAAAAAAAUUCUGCAUGACAAGGUUUUGAGAAGAAUACUUCAACAUAGAAUUUCAAGUUAACAUGAGUAGAUAUAUAAUGCCAAGGGGGAAAUCAUUUAUUUGACAUAGAAAGGUUUUCGAGAUAUCGAGAAUAUACUGUAUAUGUUGUUUAUAUAUUACUUCUUCAUUUCAUUUCUUAAUAUUAUAUAUAUCAAUAUUAUGUGUAUUAUUAAAUUCAAAGCAUUUCUGAGAACCAUUUUUCAAAAUUUUGUAGCUCUUCUGUUGUAUAAAAAUGUAAAUUGCAUUGUUGUUGUUUUUUUUAAUUCUUUAAAUACUUGAAGGAACUGUCAACAUAAUUUUUUUUUAUUAUUUAGUAAUAACUUUUUCUAUAAAACUUUGUAUUACGUUGUAUUUAGGAAUUGUGCAUCAUUCUGAAACUUUUUGUGAUAGUGUUCCAUCCAUAUUUAUUGUGUUUUCAAUGCAGCUGUAGACUUAUUUAUUAUUUUAUAAAUUAUUAAUAAAUUUUUAAAACACUAAUAUUUCAUUAAUUAUAUUUUUAUUAAAAUUUAAUGUGAACAAUAAUUUUUAUCUUUUUUUUUUAUUUCAAAAACUUUCCGUUUCAAACAAUAGUGCUGUUUAUCAAUAUUAAUGGAUAAAGUGCAAAAUUAAAUAACUUUCAAUUAAAAUUUUAGUUAUUAUAUUAAAGGUACUUUAAAAUAGUUACUGACAGAACGAUAUUUUAAAUCCUUUAUGUAAUAUUUAGUAUACUGUACUAUUAAAAGACUUAGUAAUACUAAAAAGAUAUUAAUUUUUGAAAUAUUGUUAACAUUUUUUGAUUAAAUGCAAAAAGAAUAAUUAUUUAUACAUUGUUUAUCUUAGCGGUUCCCCAUUCUUUUUGGCUAUGGAACCCUAAAUAAUUGACGAUUUAUUGACGGAACCCAAAAAUGGUUAUUGCGGAAACUUAUGUAUUUAUUAAAGAAUUUAUUUAUUUUGAUUUGCAAAGUGAGAUAUGAAAUACUGAUGGAAUUUUGUAUAAAUGCUUGUUGUUGUUUUUUUUUUUUCAUUAUUUAUUCAAUAUAUUGUUAUUGGAAGUAUAAUAUUUUCCUUUAAAAAAUAUCUUUUUUUUUUCAGUGACAUUUUACUUAACGUAAUUUCAUAAAAACUACCACAAGAUAAAAUAAAUUAUGAAGUAUAUGUUUCAUUGAAAUAUAAUCCAAAGUUUUAAAAUUCAUAACUGGUUAUAAAGAAGUACUAACUCUUGGAACACCAAUUGGGAACUGAUGGUUUACCUUAUACAUUAUUAACAUAUUAUUAACAUAUUUUCUGUUAAAGAAAAAUCAUCUGUCUUUAUGAUCAUUUUAUAUUUGGUUUAGGAAACUCUUUUGUUUGGACCAUUUUAUAUGAAAUAUUAGCUUGUUCAACAUUCCUUGAUUGUACAUAAAUUAAAUUAAAUUUAGAUGUGUAAAUAAAGUGUAGAUAAUUGUCUUACUUUUGUAAAUAUAUUUCAAAGACUGUGAUCAUAAAUUUUAGAAGUUUUAUAGAAUUGUAAAUAAUUAAGUGUUGACUAUGUAGUAGACUUGUUUUUCAAGGUGAUAUUCUGAAAUAAUUAUUUUUAUUCAAUUUCUAAUGUGUAAAAAGACUUUUGUCAAAAGUGUUCAUUUAUUUGUUUUGUUUUAAUGCUGUAACUAUAUUACUUUUUGAACUAAUAGUUGCAAUAAAACAGUUGAAAUGAG